AUGCAGGUGCUCCAUUAUGAGUCACAGAAGAAUCUUUUUGAUUGCGAAAAGGAUGUGUUGCAGCUUGGUGUUGUUGUUACGGAAAAGAAGAUGUCGGAGGAUAAUGUGAUGGGUCUUGAACGUAAUAAGUUGUCUUUGGGUGCUGCUAUUAUCCAGUUGAAGCAAGAAAAUGAAGGUUUGAGCAUUCAGUUGGAAAUCCUUGAGAGGGAUUUGGCGGAAAAUGAUCGAGUGGUGGAAGAGAAGUCUGCGUUGUUGGGGGGUUUCGAUCGUGAUAUUCAGUGGGUGAUGAAGGAUGGGUUGGUUGGGAUUGUUGAUCAUGUCUUGGAAAGUCUGGAGUUUGGUUACGGUGUGAAUAGGUUUUGUGAAGCAUGUGUAGCUAUCGGUAAGGCAUUGGGAAUGAAAGAGGCAAAAAAGUUGGUUGGUGGUGGUUUCGGGCUGGCAGUCGUGACGGAUGAUGGUGUGGACCAUGAAAUGGUUGUGGAAGAGGCCUUGGAUGCUUUCGCCUCACUUGACUACAUGUUUGUCUUGGGCUUGGAGGGACUGAAUGUGGGGAAGCUGAAGUGGAUUGUGCAGUCCCGUGGUGGAGCUAGUUCUUCUUGA